AUGGUCAAGUUAUCUUUGAUCACAACAAUUGCUGCUGCUAUUGCACUAGUCUCUGCCGCUCCGGUUGCUGAUAACACUACCACCACCGCUGCCGCCCCUGUCACCAAUACCAGUAAUACAACUUCCACCGCUACACCUACAACACGCACCAACCAAUCAGCAUCAUCUACCUCUGGUAUUCUUCCCCAGUCUUCACCUGCUUGGCUUCCUGUCUUCAACACCAACAACGUCACUGAAAAGACUCCCAUUCCUACUGGUCCCCUCAAAAAAACCUCCACGUUGAAGAUUGAAGACUAUCCUGAAGGAUGGAGCCAGCCUGAUGUCAAGCAUCCUGAGGUUCAAAAGGUCAUUAAUGCUAUCGAUUGGUCCUUUGUUCCCAACUUUAAGCCUCGUCAUGAGGGUAUGAAAUACGAUGACAACAAGGAUGAAGCUUGUUGGUGGACUAAUACUCAAUGCGUUACUCCAAAAGUCAAAUAUUUACCCGAGGAUGUCAAGUAUUGUGAUAAAGUUGGUCAAUUUGGUUUGACUUAUGAUGAUGGACCAUUGCCUCCUCAAUUUGACGAUGAUCCUUGGGCUGAGCCCCGUCUUUACGAUUUCCUUGCUGAGCAAAACCAAAAGGCUACGUUAUUCUAUGUUGGUACAAACGUUGUUGAAGCACCUGAUGCUGCCGCCCGUGCGCUUGAGGAUGGUCACACCAUCUGUGCUCACACUUGGUCUCACCUUCAAAUGACCACGUUAACCAACGAUGAAAUUGUCGCACAACUUUAUUGGAAUUUACGUGCCAUCAAGGAGGCUACAGGCCACACUACUCGUUGUUGGAGACCACCCUAUGGUGAUAUCGAUGAUCGUGUUCGUGCCAUUGCUCAUCAGAUGGGUUUGGCUACAAUUAUCUGGGAUAGUGAUUCUUUUGAUUGGGGUUUACCUUCUGUUGCCAAUGAUUUCGCCGGCACUUACACUCAAGCUACCGUAGACGGUUUCUUUAAGGAUUGGAUCAAGGAGCGUAAGGAAAACAAAGAUGAACAUGGCCGUAUUGUGCUUGAACAUGAAACCAGUAAUGUGACUAUCUUGCUUACUGAAAAGUGGUUGCCUCAAUUGAAAAAAUCUUUUGAUGUUAAGCCUGUUCAUGAAUGCUCAUCUAAGCUUCCUAGCCCUUACUGGGAAACCUCCAAUUAG